AUGGACAUAGUACAUCCGAAUUAUUGGGUAUGUCUUCCAUCUUCUUGUUUUUAUCCUAUCCAUCCUCUAAUAAUUGUCAUUUGGAGGCAUAACUUGGAUUUUUAUUUUAUUUUUAAUUUUUUUCAGAAGUAUAGACUUGGACAACAAGCUAAAAAACAAAGUGAAGAACAUCACAAAGAGAACAAUAGAUAUUCAUAUGUGAAUUUCAGCAAUAGCUCUUCAGAGUUUAGCACUAGUUUCAGAGGUGAUAAUGAAAGGGGAGAAAUCCUAAUAGCAGAGGCAUUGAGACAUCAAAUUGAAGUCCAAAAGAGACUGAAAGAACAGCUAGAGGUACAGAAGAAAUUGCAGAUGAGAAUAGAGGCUCAAGGGAAGUAUUUGCAAGCUGUGUUAGAGAAAGCUCAGAGGAUACUUUCCAUGGAAGGUUCAGGCAAUAAUCUAGAAGCAUCAAGAGCUCAAUUGACUGAAUUCAACUCUGCCUUGUCCAAUUUCAUGGAAAACAUGAACAACAAUGAUAGCAAACAAAGCAUUUUAGACAUGAAUGAUUUUUAUAUUAAAGUCCAUGGUUCAGGUUUCCAUAAUUAGCAUGAAGUAAUAAAGAGAGAAGAAAAUAUUGAUCAAAAGCCUAAGAUUGAAGAGGGUUCAAUUCAGUUUGACUUAAAUAGCAAAGGUAGCUAUGAUCUUGUAUCUGCAGGUGGUGGUGGAUCUGAAAUUGAAGCCAAAAUGCUUUCAUAUAGGCUAUGAUCAUUUUGAACUAUCAUAUGUUUUUUUUUCUUUUAUAUUGUUUAACUAAGGUUACAUGUUAGGAAUAAAGUUUAUCUGA